UGCUGGGUUGUCAAAAUUCUAAACUUAACCUGACUUUCGAGGUACACGUCAAUCGUUUUCAAAUAAAAUUUUUUCAAAACAGUAUUGUUGGUUAAUAGUGUAAAAUAAAAUUAUAAAUCUGGCAUCAACUUACAAAAUGAGAAGAGCUCAUGCAGGCAACUAUUAUGAGCCUUUACCUCAAAAUUCGAAUGAAGUUGAGGAAGAAAAUGAUAGAAUGACUAAUGAACUUCAGGAGAAAAUUGGUGUUUUGAAAUCAUUAUCUAUAGACAUAGGUAAUGAGGUGAAAUAUCAGGAUAAACUUCUGAGAGAUGUAGAUGAUGACAUGGACAGAACAGGCGGCUUUCUAGGGACGACUAUGAAUAAAGUUUUAAGAUUAUCGAGAGGGUCACAUAAUUAUUAUAUUUUGUAUUUGUUUCUCUUUUCAAUAUUUGUAUUUUUCAUCUUAUAUCUAGUUAUUAAGUUUAGGUAAGUUGCAUAAGGCUUUUGUAGAUGUGUGAUUGUAUAUUAAAAUUAAAAAUAAUAUAAUUGG